CUCUCGUGCGUGAGAUGAAAGUCUUGUCUAUAAAACGGGCCUCGACGUAAAGGAAUCUAUAUAAUAAAUAUGUACCGUCGUCGUCACUUAGGCAGUUUCAGCGCGUGCACACGAGCUUCGCAAUGAAUUUAUGGUUGUGAUUACUAUAUCAUAAAAGAUAAAAAGUCAUAUCGUGCAGGAAAAUGAGUAUACGGUUAUUUUUGAUUAAAACUUUGGUCAGUCUUGCUUUAAUACUUCAAUCCAUUUACUGUUCUUCGGAGAAUCUAACAGGAGAUGAACUAAAAAAACUAUUGACAGAAGUAGACAUGUUGCGGGAGUUCCGCUACCGAGACCACGUCAUCAUUAAAACACUAGAAGAACGUCUUAGACAAUUGGAGAUCUCCACAACUCCCUCUCUGACCACUGGUUCAAAUCUUAGAUCAGAGUCUUCAACCCCAACGAUUUUAGAAGGUUCCAGCAAAUCCUUCGUUAAUCCAUUAGAAGACCGAACUAAUGGGAAACACCGACUUCACCAUCGCGUUCGAUCUGGUCACGGGUGUGAGUCAGUCGGGAACUUUAAGAAACAGCGCCGGGCCUUCAGGAAACUGGAGCACCAGUUACGACGGCUACAGUUGGACUUGGCAGCUGUAAAGAGCGUCAGAAAGAGAGGGGUUGGAGUAGGAGAAGAAGCUGAAGGAUUGCGGUUGGAAACGGAGCUUCUGCGGACGGAGAUCCACCGAUUCCAGCAGGACUUAGAAAGCUUGCGAGCUGACAGAGAAAAGGACCAUGCCGCAUUAGCUCCGCUCCGGGUGAGCCAAGCGACCAACAUAUGGUUACAGGAGACAGUGGAACAGCUCCGGACAGAGAUGAGUGAGAUGGCGAAGUCGUUUAACGUCUCGGUGUCGCUCAAUCGGUGGCAGACCCACGAGUCAAAUAUGGCGCUACUCAGAUCUGAUUACGACGCUCUUCAGAAAGAAAUAGAAACUCUUCAGACGCUUCUUGAGAAAAAUUCAGCGUCUGUGGACCAACUCCAGACAGAGAUGAAGGACUUAAGAAGUCAUUCUCAAAGGCUUUUUGUAGGCUACCAGCAUCUUUCCGAAAACGUCAACUCGUUCAAAAAUGAAGUAGGAAUUCGGGCAACAAGCCGCAGACGUGCCUCAAGGAAAUCUGCUUACCAGAAAAACGCAAAGGAGAAACCGUUGGCGUUGCGAAGUCUACUGAGAGACUAUGAUUCUGGAGAUGAAGGUUAUGAUGUGACUGGCUAUCACAAGUUUAGAAAUGUUCAUCGUCUACGUCAUCACCGACGUAUGAAGAUGGAAGUUACCACGAUGCAACGAGCCAUGAAGGCAAUGGUAAACAAACAUGCAAAAAUUCAACGAGAGAUCCUUUGGUUGAAGAAAAACUUCACGAUUCUGAACUCGACUGUACAAGCUUUUUCACAGAAUAUUGACAGGAAAGAAUCUCAAAUCACAGAGCAGAAGAAGCAACAGUUUCCUCUGGUUCAACAGAACAUAAAAUAUAAAGAGGAGAACGAAAGUAUCAACCAGGAGUUCCAGGAAACCAAAACAGGAUUUCGAACUGUAACACACAUAAUAACCGCAGUCGAUAAACUCCAUUCUUCCAUUUUUAGGCUUUUUGAAACUCUUGAAGUCCUGGAAGACCGGUUCGAUAAGAGCAUCCAGGAUCUUCAAAAAGAAGUCUCAAAAUCUGGCCUAGAUAUUGCUCAGAUACAAUCUUCUUUCAAAGUCCUUCGAGAAGAUCAACGUGAUCACCACGAGACCCUCAAGACAUUAAAAAAGAACUAUUCAUUCUUAAAGACACAAAAUGAGGUGAUCAACCAGUCUUUACAAGAGUGUAGAACCAACAAUAUAGACAUUCUACAAGGAGUGGAAAUUGAGAACCUUGAAUACAGAGUAGAAGAACCUGAAGCGCAAAUUACCAAUUACCAGUUGAAACCAGAUACGUUGUAUAACCAAGUUCAGGCAAAAAUCUGCAAAUCCUUCUUAACAGCUUGGGUAGGACAGCAUAAAGGAUUAAAACAUCGAAUCCGGAAUAUCUCAACAACACUGUUACAGAUGAGGUCUGAUUACUCUGAUCUGAAGAGUGAUAUUUCAAAGUUGGUGGGUUUAUUGCCAAAAGACUGUUCCAUGAAAGAGAUAACAAUGUUGCCAGCACAAUAUAAGAGCGGUGUUUAUUUAAUCCACCCCCAGGGGGCAGAAUCCGUCUUUUCUGUAUACUGCGACAUGAAUACUGCUGGUGGUUACUGGACUGUAAUCCAACGUAGGGUAGACGGAUCGCAGGACUUCUAUCGUUCCUGGAAGGACUACAAACGGGGAUUUGGUGAGCAAGCUGGAGAAUACUGGUUAGGCAAUGAAGUUAUCCACCAGAUUACCACCUCGGAAAAUUGUACGUUGCGUGUAGACAUGUGGGAUACCUUCGGUAGUUACAGGUAUGCCGAAUACGACCUGUUUCACGUUGCAAAUGAAACAGACAACUACCGUUUGUUGAUUGGUGGUUACCACGGAAACGCUACUGACGCGAUGGGGAAUCACAACACGAUGGCUUUUAGUACCAAAGACCGCGAUAAUGACGCCAGUAGCACGCACUGCGCCGUGUAUUAUUCUAGCGGUUGGUGGUACAACAAUUGUCAAUACGUCAACAUCAACGGCAGAUUCGACAUUGGACUCACGUGGUACGACACUGACCAGCACGAGUGGGUGCAGCUCACUAAAGUUGAGAUGAAACUGAGGCAUUUUUAAACGAAACUAUCAAUAGAAAUAAAACAUUUGACUUUACUUGAAAGUCAACAGUUAGGCUUAAUGAAAAAUUCCAUACUGAAUAUUUAAUCAGUUAUGAAUAAUUGAACAAAAAGUUCUAGCGAUGAAUCUUCGGUGAACCGCGUCUGGCUGGAAUAUUGUGGUGAACAAAGUUUCGAUUUCUAAGCUGAAGAUGACAUCAGCACAGAAGUCGAAACGUCAUCCACCACAAGCCUACAUACAGGGGCCACUGAAAGAUCAGUGCUUGCGCCAACUACCCUUCUGAAAUCAUCCUUAAUAAUAAAAAUAAGAGAGAGAGGGGGGAGGGGGUAGAGAGAACAGUCGUUACUUUUUGCGCAAAGCUAUCUGUGCUCUGUCCAGUACGGGGAAUCGAACCCCGGGUUUUAGCGUUGCAAGACCGUAAGCUAGCCGCUAACCCACUGGAGGACAGAGAGAACAAAAUAUCUUGGUAGUUUUCUUUGUAUAGAUUUCAAAAAUUGCUGAACUGAUUGCUUGUUUUUAAAACUAGUUUUGUCAGACGUUUCGUGUGGUAACGAAUAUCAAACUUGGGUAUAAUUUGAUUAUUGUUAUGAUUUAUGUUUUUAAUUCACAAAACUGAUGAAAGUACGAUUAUAAUUAUUGUAUGUAGAACUUGUAUAUCAUCCCACGUUUUUACAUGUUCCUUGUUUUACUUAAUAUUGCUUAUCUAAGUACGAUUAUAAUUAUUGUAUGUAGAACUUGUAUAUCAUCCCACGUUUUUACAUGUUCCUUGUUUUACUUAAUAUUGCUUAUCUAAGUACGAUUAUAAUUAUUG